AUGGGGAUAGAAAGUCUACCUCUAGAGCUGCUCGAGGCUAUUUUGCUAGGAGUCAAAGACGAAAAGACCCUUCUGCUCGCGCAGCGAGUAUGUCGACAAUGGGUCAACUGCAUCCGACAGUCCUCUGCAAUCCAACAAGCCCUGUUCUUCCAGCCCACAAACGCAGGGUUAGAAAGAUGCCAAAAACCUCGUCAGAACCCAUUACUCGCAGCAAAAUUUCCUUAUUGGUUCCCCAGCGAUAAUCUCAAAGCCUGCGCCAUGGCAUACGGGGCCGGAGAUAUGCAAGAUUUUCUCGACAGCAAAACAGUAUAUCUGAGACCAACGGCAAGCUGGCGACGAAUGCUGGUGCAGCAGCCUCCAAUUAUGGGAUUGCAAUGGAUUGACCUCAGUCUUGCUGAUCGUAGCAAUAUUACCACGCAAAGGUAUAGCCUUCCAUCAGAGGCAUGCGGAGAUGGCCUUCGGAUGAAUACACUAUACGACUUAGUGGUCCGAUCUGCGGAAAAGGCCGAACAGUACUUUUACUUCCGAGUUGCCUGGAGUUCUUACAAAACAUAUUCCCAUCAAUUCAAGAUGCCUAGCACCUCGAAUCCAGACCCUUGUGGGAGGAACGACCCUCAAUAUAAAUCAGUGUUCAGGUACGCGAUUCAGGACACGAGUCUUCUCCUCGAUACGUGGCAUACUGAACGUAUGCCUUUAAAUCUCAUGAAUACGUUCGGUGAAGAUACAUGGACGUGGGACUUGAUACGCGGCCUACAAUCGCCAAUGGGCGAUUUGGAUGUCGACGAAGUCCUUAGAAAAAGGAAAGUUGAAUCUGUUAACAGGUGGCGCACGAUGGCAUCAGAGCUUUAUGCGUAUACGCAAGAGAGAGAUAGUUGUUCAGGAUACCACUUGGGAUCGCUGGAUGAAGAUGAUGCAGAUCUAUGA